CGAAGGUCCCCGUUGCCGGCCAUCGAGGAAGCGCGGCGAGCGACUAGGCGAGGUGUGUGUGCGGCGGCUCCACCAUGUCGAAGGUGUCCUUUAAAAUCACGCUGACGUCGGACCCGCGGCUACCGUACAAAGUUCUCAGUGUUCCGGAAAGUACGCCGUUCACGGCUGUGUUGAAGUUUGCAGCAGAAGAAUUUAAAGUUCCUGCAGCAACAAGCGCAAUUAUUACUAAUGAUGGAAUAGGAAUAAAUCCUGCACAGACUGCUGGAAAUGUUUUUCUGAAACAUGGCUCAGAGCUGCGGAUCAUUCCUAGAGACAGAGUUGGAAGUUGCUGAUGUCCGCAACUUGGAAUCCACAGCCUUUCAGAAUAAAUACUGGUGUUUGUUGUUGCUGUGUGGUUAAAAAUCAGGCAUUCACGAUACAAUGAAAGCACCAAGAAUCAAUGAAACAAGGGAAGUUGACUCUUGUCCCUUCUUGUUCAUUCUGUUCAUGGGAAAAGAGAUGCCUUUGAGUGGAGGGUACCAACCGCAGGUCCCACGGUGGGUGACUGCCACCUCGCCAGAAGAAGAGGGCACUUCCGUGACAGGUGCACUGUGCUUUUCAAAAACUAACAAAGCCAACAACAACAACCAGAGGACGGGCUUGAGUAUUCUUUUCAGGAACAUGUGGAAAAUCAAAAUUCACAGCACCGAAUGUAUUUCCAAUUUUAAAAUAUAAAGGAUAAUUGACCAUAGAGUCAUUUGGCUCAACAGCAUCUCACCUGCAGGCCCAUAUUUAGAUUUUCAAUCAUAUUGUUUGUAAUGAAGUUAAUAGGUGUUUCCAUGAACAGUUAAAUUUUAUACAAAAGCAAAAUUAAAUUAUGGGAUCUAACAUUUAUGUGUGUAAAGUUGCUAUCUUACAGCGAAUUGCUUCAACAUAGUGUGAUCUUACGAAAUCAAUUGUGUCCUGGUGGGAAAUGAUAGUACCCUUAGCUAAAUUAUGCAUUCCUCGAUAAUGUUGUAUACAGUGUCCAGACAGAAGUCUUUAAACCCUUCUUUUUUAGGAUUUUGUUUGAGCAGCAUCCAGAAAAUGUUGUUGCAGAUAAGAUGCACGCUUAGAACAAAGUUUAGAGAAGCAGUACCCUGUGCUGAUAGGGUGUCCCUAAGUGUCACGGGAGAAGUCAGUAGCUGCAGUAGGUGGGAGAAGUGAGAAAGGGAAAGAGUACAGGGUACAGGACCAGAAGGCAACUACACACAUUUCAGCGCAGCCCACAGCAAUCUACAGGAAGAGUGCAGGGACAAAGCUCUGCUCUGCAAGCCCGACAGUGAGUGAGUUCAAUCCCAAAACCCACGUGGUAAGAGAACCAACUCCACAGCCGUCCUCUGCCCUCACACAGACACCCUGAGGUGAGCCAGUCCCCUCUCCCAACAGGAAGGAAGUUUUAAAAGAUUUCCUUUGCCUCUCCAGAGGAAACCCAUGUCUUAGCACAUCUUGCAGGAUGAAUUAGGUGCUGCCAAUGACCAAGUGAGAGCUGGGCACCUCUGCUCCGGCGGGUGAGCUCUUUGGGGGUGAGGGUCUGUCUGUCACAUGCUCCCUAGAGCUAGCAAUACAAGUGCUCAAUAAACAUUUACUGAAUUAAUGA